AUGAGCUGCCGCCCCUUCACUCUCCUCCGCCCCUUCACUCUCCUCCGCCCCACCAUCCGCCCCCGUCACCCACCCCUCCUCCCCCGCCGCCACGCGCACUCCCCCGCCGACGACCCCAACUUCACCUCCAUCCUCGACCAACCCCCCACGCUCAUCCGCAGCGGUCGCAAAAAGCACGGCCCAGGCCUGCUUAUCCUCGCCGCCAUCCCCAUCACCGCCUUCGCCCUCGGCACCUGGCAGCUGCAACGCCUCGAGUGGAAAACCAAGCUCAUAACCACCUACACCGACCGGCUCCUCCGCGACCCCCUGCCCCUCCCACCGCACAUCAACACGUCCCUCAUCCCCGAAUUCGACUACCGGCGCGUGCUCGCCAGCGGCCGCUUCCGGCACGACCAGGAGAUGCUGCUGGGCCCGCGCGUGCGCGAGGGCGAGAACGGGUAUCUGGUCGUCACGCCGCUGGAGCGCGAGAACGGGUCGACGAUACUGGUGAACCGCGGGUGGAUUGCCAAGGAGAAGAAGGAGCACAAGAGUAGGGCGCCGGAGGCCCUGCCGAGAGGGGUGGUGCAGGUGCUCGGGCUGAUGAGGAUGCCGUGGAAGAGGAAUAUGUUUACGCCGCCGAAUGCGCCGGAGCGGGGGGAGUUCUAUUUUCCGGAUGUGGCGGGGAUGGCGAGGUUGGUGGGGGCGCAGGAGGUGUGGGUGGAGGAGACGACGGAUCCGGAUUAUAUUGUGGCCAUGGACCACGCCGUGAAGGGGAUCCCGAUUGCGAGGGCCGCGGAGGUCAACAUCAGGAACAACCACAUGCAGUACAUCUUCACCUGGUAUGGCCUCGCGCUCGCCACAUCGGUCAUGUUCUACAUCCUCGUCAAGCGCCCGCCGCCAGACAUCACCAAGCGCGUGCGGCAGUCGGGCGAGUGGGCGUAG